CCUCCUUGGUAGACCUCAACAAUAUCUUUCCACCAAUAUCUUUCCUUCCACCUGAGCAUUUCCAUAUAGGUCUCUAGCCUAGUCACUCAUUUGGUAGUUUCGUGUAUCUCUCCAUCGGUUAUCGUCAUCGCUAUUGCAAACAUGGCUGAGAAGAUUUCGGUCCUUUUCGUUUGCCUGGGCAACAUCUGUAGAUCGACCAUGGCUGAAGGCGUCUUCCAAGCCCUGGCAAAGAAGGAGCCGUACAAGGAUCUGGUUGCCGAUAUUGAUUCUUGCGGAACGGGUGGGUACCACAUUGGUGAAGGACCAGAUAACCGCACCAUGUCCACCCUCGAAUCUCAUGGUAUCACUGACUAUGUGCAUGCGGCACGCAAGGUGAAUGCGUCUGAUUUCGACAAGUUUGAUUACAUCUUCGCCAUGGACCGUGCCAACCUCUCCGACCUCCAACGUAUCCAGCAACGCAAAUCGAAUAGCAAGGCCAAAGUGAUGCUUUUCGGAGAGUACUCGGGAACCGGCAAGGCCGAGGUGAUCAGUGACCCCUACUAUGGUGGGCAGCAAGGUUUCGAGAAGGCGUAUGAACAGGCGACCCGUUUCUCGACCAAUUUCCUCAAGGAAGUCUUCCCUGACGUUAACUAAGCCCUAGCUUUGAUCGGUUCUUUGCUGUCGAGCCAAGUGUCGUGGUGUCGUGUUUUCGCCCAUGGAUAGACAAAUGAUACCAUUCUUGGAUUGUUGCUUAUUGACGUUGUGUCCUCCUCG